ACGUUUAACCUCAUCAACAGCACGCCCAAUAUUUUGCCUUCCUAUUAGCGAUCAUAAUAAAAGUGCUUUGUAAAAUUGGAACGAACAUAAGUUGCAAUAUGUGAAGUGACGAAGACACAGUGCAGUGAUAAACUAUUCGAAUUUAUUUUUGUGUUUAACAUUCACUUUAUGCAGUACUAUCAAACUUUAAGGAAAAGUCACAAUAAGAGUUCAAUGCCUUGAUAAAACAUUCUGAACUUCCAAUAACCAAAACAUUAUUAGUAAUUUAUAUCGAAAUUCAUCAAAUAACCUAAGUUACUAUUGCUAUUACUUACUAUUGUUAUUACUUUGUUUUAAUAUUCCUAUUGUGAAGGUCGUCAAUCUCGUCGUCGUAUUAUUAUGAGUCAUGGCUAUUGGCUAGUACUUGUGUCUCCUAUGUUAUAAUUUGGGACAUACUCUGUCUAGCUUUACGGUUUUUUGUAGUUAAGAACUGUUUAAUUGCUGUGUUCAAUUUAAAUGAUUGUGUCCCGUUGACGUGACUCUAUCGUUAGCUGCAGAGUUAUAAACUGGCUCAUCCGCGACAAUCAUGAGAGAUUUAGAUAACUGUCAGUGAAUAAAAGGCAUUCAUUCAUUCCUUGUUUGUUUAGAGAUAAAGCAAAAUAUAUACACACCCGCAUUUAUGUGUGAUCGUCGUUAAUGUAUGCGCUACAGAUACCGGUGUUUGUUCAGUGAUAAUGAAGCCGCGAGGAGCCCUCGCGCGCACCACGCUCACUCUACGCAUUCUUUGCAUAGUCUGAUCCACGUGCUCACCUACCUGUUUGAGGUAACAGAGUUCAUAAAAACUAGUGACGUCAUCGUCUCUCUACUGUAGCAUGUAGAGCGUGGUAUCUGUGAAUUUGAUGGUGAAUAGUGUUUGUGAUAAGUGUGUGGGGUGCGGAGCGCGUGUGUGUCGGUGCGCCGAUAUGUUGUUGUAUGGUAGCGGGCCAGUGAGAGGGGCUGUACAACGGAGACUCUCAGGUCCCUGCGGAGUUCCAUGCUGUCCUGGGGCAGGGGCGGCAGCUCCGCAGGCAGCUCGAAGCAGAUGCCGCUCGCGUGCCGGCCGCCGCCGCCCGCGCCGCCCUAUUCCAGCGGCGAGGAAGCCGCCAGCGACAGCGAAGCUCAAGGCGCGCUGCUCGCGGGCUCCUCCGCCCUGGCUAGAAGACGACACGCCAUAAGAUUCAAAAGAAAAUCUAAAAUUGUCUACAGAAUUAUCAGACGGACGGGCGAUGUCGGCGGCGCGAGAGUUCUGCGGUCCACGCCGGAUUGGAGCGACACUGCCAUCAGCGGGGAACACCUGUGGUCGCCCACCUCCGUGUCUGGCGACUGCUGUUACGUUGGCGAUGCUGAGUGCCAGAAACACGGGUCCCGCAUGAAAUGUUCGGCGUGCAAGAUCGUGGCGCACACAGCAUGCAUCGACAUUCUGAUGGACCGCGUGCAGUUCACGUGCAAGCCGACUUUUAGGGACGUGGGCGUGCGCCAGUACCGCGAGCAGACCAUCACCCACCACCACUGGGUCCAUCGCCGCUCAGAGAAGGGCAAGUGCAAGGCCUGCGGUAAGUCAUUCCGGCGCAGCUGCUGUCGGUGGUGCAUACCGAGGCACGACACUGUAGACAAGGCUAUAGGAGUAGACAGUGGUGAAGUUGUGAAUUCGCUGCAGGCUAAACUAUCAUUUAGCUCGAAGGAAAUCGUUGCCUUGACUUGUUCGUGGUGUAAAGACGCAUACCACAACAAGGAAAGUUGUUUCAAUCUUCAGCGGAUAGGAGAAGAAUGCUCAUUAGGAUUGCAAUAUAAUAUAAUAGUACCACCGUCGUGGAUCGUCAAAUUGCCAAGAAGAGGUAGUUUUAAGUCAUCGUUAAGAAAAUCGCCUAAGAAAAAAAGUGCUUCCAAGAAAAAGGGGAAAGAUUCGAAGAAUGAACAAAAAACAUUCGUAAUUAAGCCUAUUCCUACGGCAAGCGUGAAGCCAGUAUUAGUUUUUAUAAAUCCGAAAAGUGGAGGCAAUCAGGGCGCCAAAUUACUGCAGAAAUUCCAGUGGCUGCUCAAUCCUCGACAAGUUUUUGAUCUCACACAAGGAGGACCUGGACCAGGUCUGGAGCUGUUCCGCAAGGUGCCCAACCUGCGCGUGCUGGCGUGCGGAGGCGACGGCACGGUGGGCUGGGUGCUCAGCGUGCUGGACCGCAUCGGCACGAGGCCGGCGGUCGGCGUGCUGCCGCUCGGUACUGGGAACGACCUCGCGAGGGCACUCGGAUGGGGCGGGGGUUAUGAAGAUGAGCCAAUAUCGAAGAUCUUAGCGAACAUUGGGGAAAGUGACACCGUGUUGCUAGACCGCUGGGAGCUGAACGUGGAACCGAACACUGCGGCGGCCGGUGAAGACACCAGUAAUGCCAAGCCUGAGCUACCUCUCAACGUCGUCAACAAUUACUUCUCGUUUGGUGUCGAUGCUCACAUAGCCUUAGAAUUCCACGAAGCCAGGGAGGCGCAUCCAGAAAAGUUCAACUCUCGAAUAAGAAACAAGCUGUUCUACGGCACCGCCGGGGGGAAGGAUCUCAUGCAGCGCAAGUGGAAGGGGCUCGCCGAGUUCGUCACCAUGGAGUGCGACGGCAAAGACCUCACGCCCGUGCUCCGCGAGCACAAAGUUCACGCCAUUGUCUUCUUAAACAUUCCAAGUUAUGGGGGUGGGACACACCCUUGGAAUAAGUCGGGGGGAGCCUUUGAGCCCUCGACUGAAGACGGCUUAAUAGAAGUAGUCGGAUUAACCACUUAUCAAUUGCCGUUGCUGCAAGCGGGUGGGCAUGGGACCUGCAUCUGUCAGUGCAAGACCGCUAAGAUCGUGACCACGAAAGUGAUCCCCAUGCAAGUGGACGGAGAGGCUUGUCGCCUGGCGCCGUCCGUCAUCACGCUGUCCCGGCUCAACCAAGCCAUCAUGCUUGCCAAGAAGAAACCCGGCAGGACUAUUGCACCUCAAACAACAUUAGACAAGCUCACCCUCACAGUGAAUCUCAUAACGAUGGCUGAUUACGAACGCCAUCAUUACGACAAGGAACUGCUCGCAAAGACAGCGGAACAAGUCGGUACUCUAGACGUGAACCCUGCUGCGGACUUGGAGCAAAUGCGCGGCCUCAUUCAGAACAUGAUCAAAGAAUCUCAAGCAUACUCGAACCUCACCGACUGGUGGUUUGUCGACUCUGUAACAGCAGAGCGGUUCUUCCGCAUCGACAAGGCUCAGGAAAACCUUCACUACCCCGCCGACAUCGGUCACGACAACAUCUACAUACUGGACGCGGCGCCUCACACUCCCGACACGGAGUCCACGGCACACCCCGACACGACGGCGACCGGCUCGCUGGAGCGAACCGCGGCCUCUGUGUCUCUUGACACUACCACUGGCCUGUCGGUGUCGCUGGACAUCUCGCAGAGUGUCGACACUCCUAGUGCUGCGGUCUCGCUUGAUGUGCCUGAGUCACAUCCCUGUGAAUCGGGUCUUGGCAGUCCAGCGCGGUCAUCAGAAGAGAUGUUGUCACCGCAAACGCCACCUCCUAGCGCUGUGCCAACAACACCCACGACACCGGUUUCCAUCAAGCCGCCAUCACCAGCACCGGUGUUAGCACCUGUACCGAUUCCGGCACCUCUUAGCCCGGGUUCGGCACCUGGCGAGCCAUUAUCACCACCACUAUGUACCAGUCCGCUAACCAAGGACCACGAGCCCACCACAGACUCCAUAGCGCGGUUCAAAACAAAUUUAUUGGAAAAAACAUCUGACGCUCUGCUGAAAGCGGCUAAAGUUGGAGAUCUGAGAAUGAUGAAAGACUUGCACGCGGCGGGGUACUCGCUGCUGUCGAUCGACGCGAGCGGCCAGACGGCGUUGCACGUGGCCGCGCGGUACGGGAACAAGGAGAUCGUGAAGUACCUGGUGGCCUGUGCUCCGACUGCGAUAUUGAACAUGAGGGACAACGAGCGCGGGCAGACGGCGCUGCACAAGGCGGCGGCGCACAAGCGGCGCGCGGUGUGCUGCAUGCUGGUGGCGGGCGGCGCCUCGCUCACGCGCCGCGACCACGCCGGCCUCACGCCGCGCCAUCUCGCGCUCAGGGCCGAGGACCACGACCUCGCCGCAUAUCUUGAAAGUCAGGAACAUUUCCAAUUAGUGUCGGAAGAUUUAGAAACUGCCGUUUAAAACUGAAACAAGUUUACCGCGUCCUCAGCGGCAGGAAUGUAUCGUGGGAGCUACCAAACUCUAGUGAUAUAGUGAUAAUAUGACUUGCGAAUAUUGUUUGAAACACCCAAGUGAUAUUCAGAUCUGGUGUAGGAUAAAAAAAAAACAUUUCAUUAUUAUAAUAAUUAUAUCGAAACAGUUAACAUUAAUAAUACUUAUAUUUUCGUCAUAAAUAAUAAUAUAUUCAAUUAAUUUAUUGAAUUUAGUCGCUGUAAAUGUUACAGAUAAAUAUUUCAAUUUAUAGCCUACAAAACAUUCUAAUUAUAAUAAAUUUACAAUAUUAUGAUAUAGAGCUUUUAAAAUUUAAUUCAUUAAGGUAAUUCAAAUUUGUUCAAUAUUAUCUUUACUGUAACAUUUAUAGUUGUAGUCAAAUAUGAAUUUAGAAUAAACACUUAUAAGGUGAAUCUUUUCGCAUUUUGUUUAAAAAUCUCUUUUCUAUUAUAAGAAGUGAGUGUUUUCAUGAACUAUGAAACUGCUCUGAAGUAAAAGUGUGUGCCUUUCCCGUGUGUUGUAUCAACAACAAGACAAUGGAAUGUAUCCCGCACUCCUAUAUGAAUACAAAAUGAAAAACUCAAACCUGAAAUGGUAUACUGAACAUGAUAGCUUUCACAAAUUGUGAAUGCGGGGAUUUGCUUGAGACUGAGUGUGAUUAACAUUUGCCGUCAUGGAGACACUGAUGCCGUACUCUCUAUGCAGACUGUUUACUGCCAGCAAAACAUAUUCUGCCACUCAGAGCGAGCCGACAUAAAUAAAUCCUUAAAUUUUUAUGUGAAGAUAUUAAAAAAAAAGCAAACCUCUCGCGUGAAAUAAGCCUGACAUAUCUGAACACGUAAGCGUUGGCAAGCAGAAGAUAAUGCCAAAGGAUACAUUCACGAUGUCGACCUUUUGUGUUCUGUCAAAAGAACCUUUCUAAGUACUUGUAUAUUUUAGAAUAAAUUUUACAUCGCUUUACAGACGAUUCGCCUUUCCAGAUUUUCUUCUAAAUUACUUCAAUUAUGAAUCCAUGGGACCUUAACUUACUCUUACUCUUCGGAAUGGUAAGUCUUUGUGAUAAUGAGAAAACUUCCUAUGCGAUUUAUUCAUCUUAUGAAUGCCUCUGCGGACCCCAAUGAGUACAGUUGUGAUAGUACAAUGUUCGUGUAAUCUGUUGUGUUGCCAGUUAUUUGUUUUACGUAUUUUACAUCAAUGUGACUUAGUUGUUUUGAUAAAGCUAUACUGUUUACUCGAUUAGGCCUAAAUACUUAAAUAUUGUUAUAUAUUAUAUUGUUUUUGAUGCAAUAUUUCUUGUAUAAGUGUUCUAUAUUCUUACUAUAGUCUUCGGCAAUAAUAAUUUAACGUCUAAGGCUAAAUUUUAUACUACUGAGUUGUACAGCGCUGAUAUGAUCGGUGUUGUAUUUAUUAUGAUCUCAGUAUUUGUAUGUAUCCGUAUUACGGUGUAAUGUUUAUUUCUGUUCGUCAUAGUAAUGAGCGGUCAUGUGUUUAUUGUAAUAUAGUUUUACUGGAUUGUUAUCUCAUACUACGUUAGAGUAAAGCUAAGUGCACUCACUUGUGGAAUGUUGAGGCGGCGGUGACGCUCGUCGUCCGAUUGUUAUUUAUUAUCUCGUCUAACUAUGUAUCUCCUAAAUGAUUUGUGCGUUUGUACGAGUUUGAAUCGCUAAGUGUUGUUUAUGUCUAUUACGCCAAUACCUCUACUAGUAGAUGUACCUAAUAGUUUAGUGUUUAUCGAAUUUACUCGUACCUACUACUCGCUGAAAAGCGAACAAUGAAAGACAAAGCUGUGAGAAUUUUGGUCGUAAUGUAAAAAUGUAAGUUCAUUUAUGUCGUAAGUGACACGAUAUGCAACAUUAUACAUAACACCGUUUUGUGAGUUUCUUAAUUUGUGAUUGUAGAUAGACGUUUUUGAUAUUUAACAUAAUAUUAUGUAGAAACGAACUCGUCGUGUUGAAGAGAUGACUUUCACCUUCGGGCUUGUUACUACCACGUUGCGAGUAUCUCUGCUGCAUCGUAUCGGUAAGUGCUACCCACUACAGCGUCGACGCGUUAUAACGAACGUCGAGUCGAUGUCGCAUUGGGUAGAUUAUAAAUUAUUCUGCGCGUGUUACGUCUUAAUAAUAUGAAUAUUUAAAAGUGAGAUAUUAUAAUAUUAGAGCCUAUAUUUGUGGCGCCAGUUUAAUCUUUAAAUCGUUAGUGAUACUUUUCCUAUGAGAUAUUAUUAUACUUAGUGUUGUACAUACUGUAAUGGAGGCCUUCAUUCAAGUAGUAUAUCGUGUGACUCUUUACACGAUUAGUAAUUAUAUCUCAUGACCAAGUUCUGUCUAAGAAAGGAAAAUGAAUAUCACUAGGUUAAACAUUUUAAGCUCUUGUUAAGUAAGACCUGCUUUUGGAACGAAUAUUUACUAGAAAUAUGCGGCAAACCCACUAUAUAUACUUACCUGUGUUGCAUUAUUUACUGCCUUAACAUGCCUUCUCCGUGGCGUCUGGGAAUAAAGAUUAACAAUAUACCGACUGAUACGUUUAAAGGAAUAGAAACAUCCGCAUACAUAUAGGUACUUAGUAUUUUUAAAAUAAUAAAAUCUCAAUGCUCAGUUAUGUAGAGAUAUGAUCAAUCAAUUUAUGAUAUCAAAUUGUUAUGACUGCGAAAGUAAACAUCAAACGACUUUGGACGAGCAUCACAAAAAUUGCUGGUUUCAAUGGAAACUUGUAUCCAUUUAAAAAUGGUGCAACAUAGAUAUUCGUUUGUUUUUCAGGACUGUUGUUUUGAGUGUUGUUGUCCGUUUGUAGCUUUAUUUUUUACCACUAUUUUCUUGUCCUGAUAUUUUUUACAUCGUUCCUUUAAAUGUCAGCCGGUAUAAUGUUACACCUGUAUUCUACAAUGUAUAAUGCUCGAUAAUAUGCCACUUAGCGGCUUGCCUGCAGGCAUCGGCGAAUAGGAGUCUACGAACGUUAAUCUAUUAAUUAUGCGUAGGAAAACAACUCAAAUACCGACGCAUACACAUACUAUGGACACGUGAACAAACUCCUAGAGAGAACUCUCACUUCGGGAUUCUUUAACAGGUUGUGUUGAUACGAGUAUACUAAGUCUGUUAUAGAUCUUUGUUAUUAUAGCCAAUGUGUAAAUUAUUGUACGGUUAGUAAAAUUCCAGUAUUUAAUUGAUACUGCUGUUUGUUUUUUUCUUUAAGUUUGAACUAUUUCCCUAAGCACAUGCAGCAUUCCAUUCGAGGUCUAGAUUCCUAUGCCUUUUAAUAUGUUUUAUAUUUUCUUUCUCUUUCAUUAUAUUGUCUUUUUUAUAUUGAGACGUUCUUCUACAAAACUCAUGAAAUGAAUUAUGAUCUAAAAGUGUAGGCACUUAUUAUAAAAUAUUAUAAAUACAUAAUUUCAUGAGAAGCUUCGUUUCGGGGUUCCGCUUCCAAAUAAACAAUAGAUAAUAGCUCAGUAAUUAAGUUUGCGAGAAUGGAAAGCAUCAAGUUUUAUUAUUAACAAUAAAAGCCACUGUGAAAUAUAAUAUUCUUCCUAUUUAUACCCAUAAUAACUCUUAUUAUCAAGAGCCGUUCUCUUUUUACUUUAACAUUCUACGAAAGUUGGCUGCCUCGGUUACCCAACUCACCAUUUUUUCUAUACCAAGUGGAAAAUAUUUCUAAAUUUUGUACCGUAAGUGGUCCCUGGACCUCACCCAUGGUGACCCGCCUGGACAUUACUUUGCUCCUUCAUGCAUCUUUAAGUGCCCGUUACAACGGAAAACCAAUAUAAGGUACGAAAACUUUGACCGCACGAACCUCCGUAGUAUGUAUUUAACAAGAGUUGGGUUUUUUGUCGGAAAAAUAAUUUUCGCUAAGUCGACGAAGCGGAACCCCUAAGCAAGUGAUCAAACUCGCAUUUUUAACUUUUUGAGCAUAAUAUGUAAAUGAGAUAUACGCUAAAGAUAUCAUACGCAGUGCUGUGUCGAUUGUUACGUUUUGUAUUUAAUGUUUUAUUUUCACAUUGAUGUUUUUGAUAGUACGAACCACUUAGCUCACUUUAUAUCCUGCCUGUACGUAAAACAAAGUAAGCAAUAAGGUAUACCAAGGUAUAACAACAGCGAACCACCGAGCACACGUCACGUGGUCUAUCCAAAUGUUCCUUUACCGUGUGUACUUAUUAAGGUAAAAUGUAUUUUAAUCUAAUAAAAUUUAUGGUAAAUAAUGUAAAAGACACAAUCUUGUAUAAAUUGGCAGCUGCGACGUACGAUGCGAGAGUGUAUAUGGCAAUAGAUCAAUAUGUAUGUACUAACUAUGAGGUUAAUUAAAUGAUUAAUAGCUAAUGGUGUUUCCUGCUACUUCAACUCCCAAGUUUGCCGAGGCCCCACAAAAUACAACUCUUGCGUACACAUUAGAUUGCUAUGGUUAUAUAAACUGCUUUGCCGAAGUUACAAUUCUAAUUGUCCUGACAUACAACUUAAUGCUAUAAAUAAUACUGUAAUAUUGAAGCUGAUACGUUUUAUAUGAUUAAUUAUUUGUACGUAAUAUUGUCCUCUUAGUGUUGUUAUUAAUAGGUAAUAUGAUGAGACUAAAGCUUUCGGUAUUUUUUUUCUUCAACAAUAUAUCCAACUUUUGUGUUAUUGUUUUUCACCUGUGAAAUAAACCUUGUAUGUUACGAGAUUAGAUAUGUGUAUAAGCUUUGUCGUACGAUGUAAAGUGUCGAACAACAGGGCUCGUGAAGAUUGUGGCGAUAAGCUGCAGUUUCUGUGCGGCACGCGGCCGCCACGCCGCCGCCGGCUCCCUGCAAACACGUCGAGAUUAUGCAUCGUGCGUCACUAUGCUACUAACUUAAGACGUGCAACCACACAGCGCCCCCACAUACAGAAUAUGCAUUAGCUGUUAGUAAGAACUUUGCUCAACUACUUUUAAUAUACAAGCCAGUUUUUGUCUAAAUCUUUUUCGUGUUCUCUACCUCAUAGUAACUACAUACAUAUAAAAGGUGUGCAAUAAAUAAUAAUUUAUAAAUCCAUAUACAUUGUAAAAUAAAUUAGCCUUUUUCAAAAUAGUUUACCAAGAAAAAGCAUAAUGAUCUAUUUAAGUAGGUACUUUUACGAAAUGUGUGUAACAGCACUGUCUACUUAUUCAAUUACUCUGUAGUACCAAACUGGAUAUUAUUAUGUAAACUAUUGAAAAUUAAAUGGUAAUAAGUAAAACUAGAGUUUUGAGAGCACUAAUUUCAAUGUAAGUACAUGAUACUUAUUUUUGCACUCAAUAAAGUCACUAUUUUAAAUAUAAUUAUUAAAAUCAAGUACACUGAAAGAACAAUAAAUAAAGUGCGACCUAA